UCGAGAGCUAGAGAUUUUCAAGGACAACUUCUUUCUCUCUUUUCUUUCUUGUUUUUCAACGUCUCAAUAGCAACAUCUAGGAUUCAGAAACGUCACAUAGUACAUUUCUCAUAGGUUUACCAGACACAAAGAGAGAAACCAUGUCAUCUUUGACAACAUUGAAAAAAAAUGAAAAAUGAUGUUGAAGUCCACACCACUGUUAUGAAUGGGCCUAGACCAGUAUUGGCAAAUCAGCCCAACACCGGAUUAAGUGGCUAUGUGUGGGAUUCGGGUUGAUAAAUAGAGACUUGUGAGAGCAAAAUAGGUUUAUGUGAAUUAUGAUUAUGCUUAGGCAAAGACUAUGCUUCUCAUCCCCAAUUCUCUCUUAGUUCCCUCAUCCCAUCUCCUUCAUAGCUACUAUUAUUGUUCGUCUUUUUCAUAUUGUAAUUGCUCAUUUUUCGUAUGAAUCAAAGCUUGUUAGUUUGUUCUCUCUAUUGUUUGUUGUGAGUUGAGAAAAUCACUACAACCAUUUUAGUGUUUGUUAUAUUGGUGCUUUCAUUGAUCGUACUCCAAUGGCUGUGGUGUUGCUAGAUCGAUUUAGUGGGGGUAAUCCAGAAGGGUGGAUUUUUUUAGCGGAAUGGUAUUUUACCUAUCUUGGCUUCUCCCAGAAGGACUGGCUACCUCUUCCUUCAUUUUACUUUGAUGGUGAAGCUCUUAUUUGGUUCAAUGGGUUGUUUCGCAACAAACAAUUCCAUGAUUGGAACCAUUUCAAGGUGAAAUUGCUUUUGCAAUUUCGACAGUGGAGUUUCACAAGAUCAACAGAGGGUGUGGCUGGUUUUGACUCCAUUAACGUAGCAACUAUAGCUCUGCCGGAAAUUCUUCAUGCUGCAAUUGAAUCUGAUUUAGCCAAUGGAAAACAAGAGGAGGCCACAGAAUCGAAAUAUGCUUCUGAUUUGGAUGGUGAAAACUUACGACCUGCGGAUAAUUCUAAGGUCCCUCCAGAGAUCUUUGUCGCUUCCAUCGAUCUUUUUGACGGGCUGCCUAGUCAAAAUGUCCAAGUGUUUUUACUGGGACAAUAUUCUGAAGCAAUGGAUACUGGAUUACAAAAUUCUGGUUAUGUGGACAAAUGGUUCGAUACAGGCCAGGAAUUCAUCAUUGCUUUAGAAUACGAGCGUGGUGUUUUAACAAAAGAACUUCACUCUAAUGAUGGCAAGGUGAGAAUCUUCGAAUUUAAUGUAUCACCAAAGUUGGCGUGUGAGGUUUUGGAGCAGGCAAUGGGUAGCCAUGUGAUAGAUGUGGGAACACAAAACAAAUGGACAACAUUGAGCUCUCCUACAUAUUUUGUGUGCAAUAUACUUACGACGACUUUGAAAAACCUUCCGCCAACCAACUAUUCUAGUUGGAGUGUGGAUCUGCAAGCUCAUUUUUAUUAUUUCUCAAUAAGUUUUAUUGUUUAUCACACCUUUUUGAAUCUUCCAUUUGAUCCUGGUAUACCGGAUACUCCUCUAUACUAUGGUGCCGACAAGACUUUGGUUACAACUGGUCGUUUUCUUUCUACUUAUAUUUUAAUAGCUGCAUUGUGGGGUCAGGAAGUUUGUUGCCUUGGGCUGAAUCAUGUAAGAACUGCUGCAAUACCAGUUAAACAUUUUAGUAGUGCCCUGGAGGUUUUCUUAGCAUCCAAUCCAGUUAUUCUAGUGCGACAUGUGGAUAAAGCGGAGGGAUUCGCUACUUGAAGAUAUUGGUCCACAUAGUGCUGAUAUUAUUGAACUUGAGAAAGCUAAACAAUGGAAUGGUCAUAAGCUUAUCCCUUCAGAAAAUUUUAAAUCUUUGUCGGUGAUGUCAAUAGUAAGUUAUGCGUGUAUCCGCAAGAUAGGUAACACACAAUCAGAAGUUAUUUUCUUGGCGGACAUGGUACAUAUCAAUGGCUUGGUUGCUGCUAAGGUUUUAUGUUUUUCUUUGAAGUAUGCAAUUGUUGUUGCGUGUUCUACACAAUUUAUGGGUGGUCAAGUUUAUGUUUACGUUGUGUUGGACAAGAGCUUCUUUGCCUUUGAGGAUGUUGAUAAUGAGCAGCACUUAAUUGUUGAUGAUCUGAAAAUUAUAUUGGUUCACAUGCUAUUGAUUGGCACCAUAGCACAAUUUGUCUUGGCUACAAUUGGUGGAGAUUGCACUACUAAAAUUAUCCUUGACUUGAACCUUGAGGACAAGGUUCUUAUUGAGGACGGGAGUAUUGUUAUGAAUGGGCCUAGACCAGUAUUGGCAAAUCAGCCCAACACCAGAUUAAGUGGCUAUGUGUGGGAUCCGGGUUGAUAAAUAGAGACUUGUGAGAGCAAAAUAGGUUUAUGUGAAUUAUGAUUAUGCUUAGGCAAAGACUAUGCUUCUCAUCCCCAAUUCUCUCUUAGUUCCCUCAUCCCAUCUUCUUCAUAGCUACUGUUAUUGUUCAUCUUUUUCAUAUUGUAAUUGCUCAUUUUUCGUAUGAAUCAAAGCUUGUUAGUUUGUUCUCUCUA